AAACGACCUCGUGCCUUCGCUGCGACAUCCACCCUUCCCACCCGCCGGAUCCUUCCGUCAUGUUCGUCUGCGCCCUGCUGCUCCUCGGCGGUUUCCUCGUCCUCCUCGUUCUGCUCAAGAUCGAGUGCGAUCCCGCGCUCUAUUUCUACAAGUACUUCGGGAAGAAGCCAGAGACGCUGCGGGGGAAGGUGGUAUGGAUAACGGGCGCCGGGUCGGGGAUCGGGCGGCAGCUGGCCGUCUCCCUGGCCCAGGUCGGGGCCAGGCUCGUCCUGCACAGCCUGCCGGGGGAAGACCUGGACGCCGUGAAGGGGCGCUGCCUCCGGAUUGCGCGGGGUUGCCUGAAGGAUGAAGACGUCCUCGUCCUCUACGGCGACGUCGCCGAUAUCGAGAUGCACGAGAAGUGGGUGGACCAAGUCUUGAAGCAUUUCAGCAAGGUGGACAUCCUGAUCAACAACGCAGGGAUCGGGGCAUUCCAAUCGGUGCUGGAAUCCCCAUGGAGCGCCAUCAGGCGGCUAUUCGAGGUGAAUCUCUUCGGGAACGUCGGCCUGGCCAGGGCCCUCCUGCCCCAUUUCAGGCAGAGGAAGGCGGGGCACAUCGUCGUGCCAUCCAGCGUCCUCGCCUUCCUCCCCAUCCCCAAUGCCUCCGCUUACGGCGCCUCGAAACGGGCCAUCCAGGGAUUCUACGACACCCUCCGGGCGGAGGAGGUCGGGCACGGGGUCAAGGUCACCGUCCUGUUCCCCGGCUACGUCAAGACGAACAUCUUCGCGAACAGCGCGACUGCGGAGGGGACCGGCGUCGACAUGGGGCAGCUGAGGAUGUUCGAGAUGCGCGUGGAGCGAUUCGCGGACUGGAUGCUGCUCGCGGUCGCGAACGAGAUGAUUUCCGCCUGCAUUGCCAAGGGAUGGCUCCUCUUCGUCGCCGCGUAUCACUUUCCGGAUCUCGCCAGACGGGCCGAACAGCUGGUCCUUCUCAACAGCACCAUCACCAGUGUCGUCAUUCGUCCCGAAAUACAGAACACGGAGGAGAAUCCCUGCCGACUGGAUGAAGGCUACAGCUGCAAGAGGAAUACAGAGAGGAUGGGCGAGGAAUUGCUCAAGAUCUUCGAUGGUGAAGAAGACAAACCUGCAAUCGACAGAAUGGCCACUUCAUCCUCGAAGUGGAUGGGUAAAUGCAAUUUUCCAAAGAGGUGCAACGUGAUCGACUAUCGCAUCUCCGGAGAUCCAGCCUCAGCCUGUCAAUGA